UCGCCGAAUCCCGGGCAGACACGGCCACCAUUUUAGAACGCGAUCCUCGCCGGGAAGAGCCGCGAGCCUUCGUCCUCAUCCUCGUCGCCCGGCCCGGCGGCGCGCCGUGCUCGCCAUUGCGGCGCGGGCUCCGGGUUUCUUUUGUUAGCUGACCCCGUUUGCUGAGAGCCGUUCGAUCUCAGCCCGCAGUUUGCGCGGUCGGGAGCGGCCGUUCCGUGACGGGGACGAACGGCCCGAGCGGCGAGGAGCGGAAAUCCGAUUGCCCGACGUUUGCCCGUCGUCUCAUCUCGGUGCGCUCCGCUCAGCCGGGGGUGGCGCGGCCGCCCCGGGGCGGCGAUGGCAGCGGAGGGCCGAGCGGAGGGCCGCGCUUCUGCCGGCCGGAGCGCUGCGGGCGACGCUCGGAGUUCGGAGCGGCGCUGCCCCCAAACGAGCGCCCCUCGGGGCUCCUCGGCUCGGUGCCGGGGCUCCCGUCGGCCGUUCCUUCGCCGAAUUAAAGUGAAGUCGGAGCGCAUCUUUGUGGCGGAGGAGCGGCGCGGGGCUCCUCGCAGCGGAAGGCGGAGCUGCUCUGGAAGGGCUCCGUGUGCUCCCGGCCGGCACGGAACGCCCCGCGCCCAUCCCGGCGUGGAACCGAGCGGGGCUGCACGGCGAGGGGAUGGGAUGGUGUUCAAUACGCGGCCGACGCUGAACUUAUGUAAUGUGUUGGAGGAGGACGGCCCUGCUGGAGCGCGCACUGCCAGCGGUGCUUCGGCGGCUGAGAGCGGAGCGGGAUUUCUAUGGAGGUGUUUUUUCUUUUGUGGUUUGUUUUAAAAAUCUCACCUGCGUUUCUCAUCUCCGUGCACACAAAAAGCAAAGCCCGGCAAUAAAAGCCCCUUCUGAGCUUCCGUAUCUCUUAGAGAGGCAGACGAGCAGCGCUCUGAGGGAAUAAUGACCGACUACAGCUGCGUGCUCUCAUCUCCACCUAUAAAGGCCGGGACCCCUCGGUCCGAUCGGAUGGUUUCACUGAGCGCGUUUAGAAGUGGGGCGAAAGCAGUCGGAGCUCCGAGGGUGGAACAGCCCGUGGUUGUGCAGGGCUUGGCUCCGUCUGCCCCCGCCGUGGCCCUGUGGCUGUGCCUGCGCCGGCCUGCAGCAUAGAGGGAGCCCUUCAGGCCUGCCUGGCGUGGCUGCCGGCCUUCCUUCCCCCUGCAGAUGAGCACAGCGAAUGUUCGGUUGCCGUUCGUUGCUGAGGGGUGCGGUGGUUUACAGGAGCUGCGUCGGCCUUUGUGCGGAGCUCUGCGUUCCGAUGGAACGUGUGGGGAUCUCCCCGUGUCCCAGCGGGGCUCCUGCCUCCCUGCUCGGCCUGCGUGGUUGUGCCGUCCGGGACCCACGUUGGAAAAGAUUCCGAAUUUGGUCCCUUUUUGCACAGAUUUGGGCUGAAACUCUCAUAUAGUUACCAUCUAUUAACCUGUGCUGUUGUGUCUGACCGCAGCAGGGGAGGCGUUAUGUGAGGCUGGCGGUGCCCAGCGGUGCGGUGAGGAGGUCACUGCUCCGGGCUGCGGAGCACAAAGGGAGCAGCUCUGCGUCCCCUUCCGUGGGAGCUGUGUGUGAGUGGGCACCCAAUGCACGCAGAGCAUCAGUGGUGGCUGCUCAGUGCUGGAGGCCGGGGCAGCAGCAGAGCGUUCUGUGAGAGAGACAGUGAGCACCCAAUAUGGGGGGGGGGUGUUGGGUGAGGGGAUAUUCGGGGAGGUGGCAGCAGGGAGAGCUGCUCCGUGGGGCUGGGAUUUCACAGUUUCCACUUGAGUGCUCCGGAGAAGCUUUCUUCCCUUUGGUUCCAGUUUGUUCCAGCCAUUGCUGAUGACUUCGUUUUGCUCUUGUUCAGAUGACUGAAUGUGGGAUGCUGCAGUCCCAGUGGUAACUCCUCCUUUCAGUAUCUGAAGGGCUGUAAGGGGACGGAGUCCAUAGCGGGUCUGUGCGAUGGGAGGAGAGGCGUUUCACACUUAAAGGGCAGGGAUUGGGGUUGGUCACAGAGAGGCGGUGCUGCCCCAUCCCUGCAGCCCCCCGAGGGCGGCGCGGGGCUGUGAGCGCUGCUGGGGCUGUGGGUGUCCCCGUGCACGGCAGGGAGUGGGACCACAUGGCCUUGAAGGGCCCCUUCCAACUCACACCGCUCUGAUUCUCCUCCAUACUUGAAACGGUGGUCGGUCCUAUGGGGGACACAGCUGUAGCUGUGUGUGUUGGCGCUGCAGUGCAGGACGAGCUGAGGGCUCCUCGCUGCCCUGAGCACAGCACAGCAGCCUGGCUGCCGGGCCGCACGCCGGGCUUUGCCUGCAGUCUCCUCGUGAGGUUCGUGUGCCACCAAACGGGAGGUGCAAAACUGCCUGCGGGGCAGUGGGUGCUGCACGGCUGCACGUCGCUCUGCUGCGAUUUCUCCUCUGAACCCAACGCGUCCCGUGUUGGGAUCUCCUCAUUUCGGUGUGAAGUUGGAGCAGCGGUUUGUCCAAUAAUCGGCGCGUUGGGCGCUGUGUUUGGAGGGCGCUUCCGAGGGUGAAGGCUGGUGGUGGAGCUCAGCGCAGCUGUCUGACGGCUUCUUAAUGUUAAUUAGUGGAAGGAAACGUCCCCUCAGAUUUCCAGCAUAGCUUUGAGAAUAACGGGUGGAAAGCAGAGCGUGGUGUGCUGUUCUGCUCCAGUUCUGCCCGAGAAUGGACCCCUCUUCCCAUUGGGCUGUGGAGCUGCUUUGCUGCAGUGAAGAAAUAACUGACAACGAUUGCUUCAGCUUUCCUCGCCGUGGCCAUCGGUCUGCAAACACAACGUGCUGUCCUGGAAGCACUGCAGCUCUCCAUGGCUGAACACAGGAAUUGAGAACAUUUGGGUGUGCUUUGGAUAAUGACUGGCAGCCUCCAUUUGCGUGUGACGUUGACAAACUUCACUUCACGCCGAGGAUCCAGCGGCUCAAUGAGUUGGAGGCCCAAACCCGCGUGAAGCUGAAUUUCCUGGACCAGAUUGCGAAGUUCUGGGAGCUUCAGGGCUGCACGCUGAAAAUUCCACACGUGGAGAGGAAGAUCCUGGAUUUAUUUCAGCUUAACAGGCUGGUUGCAGAGGAAGGAGGGUUUGAUGUCGUUUGCAAGGAGAGGAAAUGGACCAAAAUCGCCACGAGGAUGGGCUUUGCUCCUGGCAAGGCUGUGGGUUCGCACAUCCGCGCGCAUUACGAGCGAAUUCUCUAUCCUUACAACUUGUUCCAGUCCGGAGCGAGCCUGCUGUGUCUGCAGAAGCCGGAUCUCACCAGCGACACGAAGGACAAGGAGUACAAACCCCACGACAUCCCGCAGAGGCAGUCGGUGCAGCCGUCCGAGAGCUGCCCUCCCGCGCGCCGAGCGAAGCGCCUGCGGGCCGAGGCAACCAACAUUAAAACCGAAUCCGAUUCUCCAGAGGUGAGAACGCACAACCUGAGACGCAGGAUGGGCUGCGCACCUCCCAAGUGUGAGAACGAAAAGGAAACGUACAGCGCAGUGAAGCUUGCAGAGAAGAGAGAGCACGCUGGGGAGCAGGAGAGGGACAAAGCCAAAGCCCGAUCCAAAAAGCCCACCAGUGCUGUGGAUUUGUAUGUGUGUCUCUUAUGUGGCAGUGGUAACGACGAGGACCGUCUCCUGUUGUGUGAUGGCUGUGAUGACAGUUACCAUACUUUCUGUUUAAUUCCACCCCUUCACGAUGUUCCCAAAGGGGACUGGAGGUGCCCCCAGUGUUUGGCUCAGGAGUGCAAUAAGCCUCAGGAAGCGUUUGGCUUUGAGCAGGCAGCUCGGGACUACACGCUGCGCACCUUCGGGGAGAUGGCAGACGCCUUCAAGUCCGACUACUUCAACAUGCCAGUCCACAUGGUCCCCACUGAGCUGGUCGAGAAGGAGUUCUGGAGACUCGUUAGCACCAUUGAGGAGGACGUCACCGUGGAAUACGGAGCUGAUAUCGCUUCAAAGGAGUUUGGCAGUGGGUUCCCGGUUAGAGAUGGGAAGUUCAAAGUGAGACCAGAGGAGGAGGAGUACCUCGAUAGUGGCUGGAAUCUAAACAACAUGCCUGUGAUGGAGCAGUCUGUUCUUGCCCACAUCACCGCAGAUAUAUGUGGGAUGAAACUGCCCUGGCUGUAUGUGGGAAUGUGCUUUUCUUCCUUCUGUUGGCACAUUGAGGACCACUGGAGCUACUCCAUCAACUAUCUGCACUGGGGAGAGCCAAAGACGUGGUAUGGAGCCCCGGGGUACGCAGCAGAACAGCUGGAGGACGUGAUGAAGAAGCUUGCUCCAGAGCUGUUUGAGUCUCAGCCAGACCUCUUGCACCAACUUGUCACCAUAAUGAACCCGAAUACUUUGAUGGCCCACGGAGUGCCCGUUUAUCGGACCAAUCAGUGUGCUGGGGAGUUUGUGAUCACCUUCCCGAGGGCUUAUCACAGCGGCUUCAAUCAGGGUUUUAAUUUUGCUGAAGCUGUGAACUUCUGCACCGUGGAUUGGUUGCCAUUGGGACGCCAGUGCAUAGAGCACUACCGGCUGCUGAGCCGCUACUGCGUGUUCUCCCACGAUGAGAUGAUUUGUAAGAUGGCCUCCAAGGCUGACAUCCUCGAUGUCGUGGUGGCAUCCACUGUGCAGAAGGACAUGGCCAUUAUGAUCGAUGACGAGAAGAUGCUGCGUGAGAAGGUUCAGAAACUGGGGGUGACCGACUCAGAGAGGGUGGCAUUCGAGCUGUUCCCCGAUGACGAACGGCAGUGCUAUAAGUGCAAAACCACUUGUUUCAUGUCUGCUGUUUAUUGCCCGUGCAAACCAGGGCUGCUGGUGUGCUUGUAUCACGUGGAGGAUCUUUGCUCCUGCCCAACCUACCAAUACAAACUGGGGUACCGCUACACGCUGGAGGAGCUCUACCCGAUGAUGAACGCCCUGAAGAUGCGUGCAGAGUCGUACAACGAAUGGGCUUCCAACGUUAACGAAGCUCUGGAAGCAAAGAUCAGCAAUAAGAGAAGUCUCAUCAGUUUCAAGGCUUUGAUAGAAGAAUCAGAGCUGAAGAAGUUCCCGGACAACGAUCUGCUGCGGCACCUCCGCCUGGUCACACAGGACGCAGAUAAAUGCGCCUCGGUUGCACAGCAGCUCCUUAAUGGCAAAAGACAAACCAGGUACCGCUCCGGAGGAGGGAAAUGCCCCAACCAGCUGACUGUGAAUGAGCUGCGGCUGUUUGUCAGGCAGCUCUACGCCCUCCCCUGCGUGCUCAGCCAGACUCCGCUGCUGAAGGACCUUCUCGAUCGCGUGGAAGCUUUUCAGCAGCAAAGCCAAAAACUGCUCUCUGAAGAAAUGCCGAGCGCUGCGGAGCUCCAGGAGCUGCUGGAUGUCAGCUUUGACUUCGACGUGGAUUUACCCCAACUUGCUGAGCUGCGGGUCCGGCUGGAGCAGGCCCGCUGGCUGGAGGACGUGCAGAUGGCUUCGGCAGAGCAGAACUCCCUCACUCUGGACGAUAUGAGGCGUCUCAUAGACUCGGGGGUUGGCCUGGCUCCCUACCCAGCGGUUGAGAAGGCCAUGGCAAAGCUGCAGGAGCUGCUGACGGUGUCCGAGCACUGGGAUGACAAAGCCAGAAACCUGAUCAAGGCCAGGCCAAGGCAGUCGCUCAGCAGCCUCGUGGUGGCAGUGAAGGAGAUAGAGGAGAUCCCUGCCUACCUGCCCAGCGGCGCGGCGCUGAAGGACGCGGUUCAGAAGGCGCAGGACUGGCUGCAGGAGGUGGAAGCUUUGCAGGUCGGAGGGCGCGUGCCCGUCCUGGACACAUUGGUGGAGCUGGUGACACGGGGCCGCUCGAUCCCGGUGCACCUGGACUACCUGCCACGGCUCGAGUCCUUGGUGGCGGAGGUGCAGGCGUGGAAGGAGUGUGCAGCCAACACGUUCCUGUGCGAGAACUCCCCGUAUUCCCUCCUGGAGGUGCUGUGUCCCCGCUGUGAUAUUGGGACGCUGGGUCUGAAACGAAAGCAGAAGAAGCUGAAGGAGCCGAUGCCGAGCGGGAAGAAGAGGAGCACCAAACUGGAGAGCCUGAGCGACCUGGAGAGAGCUCUGAGUGAGAGCAAAGACACCGCGUCUGCGAUGGCGACGCUCGGGGAAGCGCGGCUCAAAGAGAUGGAAGCGCUGCGCUCCCUGCGGGCGGCCAACGAGGGGAAGGUGCUGUGCAGCGAGGAGGACGCGGAGCUGAAGGUCUGCGUGUGCCAGAAGGAGCCGGCUGCCCCCAUGAUCCAGUGUGAGCUCUGCAGGGGCUUCUUCCACACUGGCUGCGUUUCCGUGCCCCACGCCCUGCAGGGACCCCGGGUGUGGCUGUGCCCGCAGUGCCGCCGCUCGGAAAAGCCGCCUUUGGAGAAGAUCCUUCCUCUGCUGGCCUCCCUGCAGCGCAUCCGCGUGCGGCUCCCCGAGGGGGACGCCCUGCGGUACAUGAUAGAGAGAACUGUGAACUGGCAGCACAGAGCCCAACAAAUGUUAUAUUCAGGGAAUCUAAAACUUCUACAGGACAAAGUGGGCUCAGGAUUGCUGUACAACAGGUGGCAGAGCACUGCUGGGCCGCUGCCCGAGACAAACAAGGUUUCUCAAACAAUCGGAGCUAUGUCAUUCUCCAUGCCUCAUGACUGGGAUAACAGAACCAUAUACUUACAUUCUCCAUUUUCUACAGGACAGCAAUGCAUCCCACUUCAUGUUGUCAGCACUGAGCUGGACGAGCUGAUGAUGGAAGCACAGCUGCUGCAGGUUUCUCUGCCUGAAAUACAGGAGCUGUACCAGAUCCUAUUCACAAAGCAGAGCCCCUCCCUGCAGGCUGAGCAGAAACCAUCGGUCGGGCCGAGCAAUGAAAAGAGUGAGUGCUGCCGGGGCAAAAAGGAUGGGAUGAGUUACAUGGAGAGGAAACUGAAGCGCCGUUUCGAGAGGGAGAGCUUCUGUGAUGAGAAGAGGGCGAGGGUGAGAAAAAUGAGGACGCCCAAAAAGAAGAAACUGAAACUGAGUCACACAAAGGACGUGAGCAGCAGCAGCAGGAUGGAGAGGGAGAGGGAGCGGCUCCUGGAGGCGCAGCGCAGCAGUGAAAGCCAUUUGGUUCCCUCGGACACGUCGUUCUCUGAGCAGGAGGACUCCGAGGACGAAGAUGCCAUCUGCCCUGCCGUGACGUGUCUGCAGCCCGAGGGAGAGGAGGUGGACUGGGUCCAAUGCGACGGCAGCUGCAACCAGUGGUUCCACCAGGUGUGCGUGGGCAUCUCCCCCGAGAUGGCCGAGAAGGAGGAUUACAUCUGCGCCAGCUGCGCCGGGAAGGGCUCCCCGUACCGCAAGUGAGAGCGCCCGCAGAGCCUUCGGGACUGAGCGGAGAGCGGCGGAGUUUUCCACGGGGGCCGCAGGGGCUGUUUGGAGAACCGGGCUGCAAAUGGUGCUACUCGUAUCCUCACGGGAUCAUUUUCCAGAACUCGAACCCAUUUUUGACACUUUUGUAUUCUCCCUUUGAUCUUUGUGGUUGUGGAGGUUUGCCGAGAUGGCUGUUGGAGCCGGGGGGGGUCUCGGCCGCCCCCGAAGGCUCUGCUGUGGCCGUGCAGCUUUCCUGGUGCAGCUCUGGGAUGUGCGGCGCUUCGGACCCCGCGUGGCGCACGGAGCCCACGGCGCGGGCUGUCCCACGCAGCCCCCUUUCCUCUGUUAUCGACUCCUCGGAGACUUUUAGGUUUUGGGUUUUUGUUUUUUUUUUGGGUUUUUGUUCCCCCCUCCUCCCUCCCCCACUUUGUUUUCGGUAGGUUUAGGUUUAUUUAUCUGAGCAAUAACUUCUAUGUCUGGUUUCAGCGACUGGAAUGGCAGCUGGGGACGGCGUGUUGCUUUAGCGGGGGGGCUGUACAGGAGGCGGGCGGCGGAUGCUGGCGUGGCUGAGGGCCGGGAUGUAGAAGACAGAAAAAAAAAAAAGGAAAAACCAACAACAACGACAAAAAAAAAAAAAAAAAAAAAAAAAAAGCUCUGUAAAGUAAUUGCCACAGCUGUAUUUUGGCUUUCUCCUUUUUUGGGUAGCUUGUAUCAAACGUUGCAGUUUAUAUUGUGGAAUAAACCCCUGGUUAUGUUAUAAAACGGAA